AUGCAGUUCACGCUUACUGCCCUGCUGGCAUCUGCCAUUAGCUGCGCCUUCGCUGCGCCUACAGCCACCGAACAGGGCCCCAUCACUGCCCGUCAGGCUGCUAGUUCUUGUGCGACUGCUGUCACCCUCUCUGGCAAUCCCUUCGCUGGACGAUCGGUCUAUGCCAACAGCUUCUACUCGUCUGAGGUCCUUUCCGCUGCUGCCUCGAUCACCGACAGCGCAUUGAAAGCCAAGGCUACCCAGGUUGCCUCAGUGGGAACAUACCUCUGGAUCGACACCCGUGCCAAGAUUGCCUCCGUUGAAGAUGCCAUCAAGAAUGUUGGCUGCAGCCAGAUUGCCGCUCUCGUCAUCUACAACCUCCCUGGCCGUGACUGUGCUGCUAAAGCUUCCAACGGUGAACUGGCCGUUGGUCAACUUGAUGUCUACAAGACACAGUAUAUUGACCCCAUCGUUGCUAUCUUCAAGAAGUAUCCCAACGUCGCCAUCUCCCUGGUCAUUGAGCCCGAUUCCCUUCCCAACCUUGUCACCAACAGCGAUGUGGCUGCAUGCCAGGCUGCCGCCACCGGCUACCGUGAUGGUGUUGCAUACGCACUCAAAUCGCUCAACCUGCCCAACGUAGCCAUGUACCUCGACGCUGGCCACGGUGGCUGGCUGGGUUGGCCUAACAACCUCCAGCCUGGUGCCCAAGUCCUUGCCGACGCUUACAUCGCUGCCGGCAAGCCUGCGGCGCUCCGCGGUAUCUCGACCAAUGUCGCUGGCUGGAAUGCCUGGGACCUCACACCCGGCGAGUUCUCCACUGGAGACGGCCAAUAUAACAAGGCGCAGAACGAGAAGGCCUACGUCGAGCUUUUCGCUCCUUACCUGUCAGCUGCGGGCAUGCCCUCCCAAGCUAUUGUCGACACCGGCCGAAACGGUGUCCAGGGUCUGCGCAACGCGUGGGGUGACUGGUGUAACGUCAAGGGCGCCGGCUUCGGUGUACGUCCCACGACCAGCACUGGCUCGAGCCUUGUUGACUCAUUUGUCUGGGUCAAGCCAGGUGGUGAGAGUGAUGGUACCAGCGAUGCCUCUGCCGUGCGUUACGACUCGUUCUGUGGACUCGAUGAUGCGUUCAAGCCCAGCCCUGAGGCGGGACAGUGGAACCAGGAGUACUUUGUGCAGCUGCUCCAGAACGCUAAGCCGUCUUUCUAG